GUCGCGCGAGCUCAAGUUGUACUUGGUCAGAACUGCAUUGUCAGUGCGUACGAGAGCUCCAUCGCGAACGCCCAUGAAUUCGAGCCGCAACGGCUGCCAAGACGCACAGCAGGCGGCUGCGAGUUGCGAUGGGUCGUCGUCUAGCGGCAUGAGCGUCACGAGCUACAACGCAGGGGAUGGUGCCACCGGCGGGUCGUCCCAUGACCAGAUGCAGCUUGAAGCGAGGCGAGCAAGGCGUCGCCACCGAAGUAAGAUCAACCAACGCAAGUACCGCGCAUGGCAGCGUGCGGCCAACAACCAGCUCCAGCACGACGUGAACGAGCUCCAGACGCAUACCAAGCGUUUGGAAUCGCACGUGCUAGCAUUAUACAACGGCGAACGGUUCCUCGCCGAAGAGAAAAGCAUUCAAGAAUACGUGCGCUUGUUCGCCCAUGGAUUUGACCGAUCCGAGAGGCAAGUGACGUUUCUGCGCUACUUCAUGGCCCCCGACGUGUGGUGUGGGGGACAGGUACAUUUUCGCCCUGCCGUUUGAUGUGGUCGAAAACUUGCUUAUUAAAGGUUAGCACGGCAUAGACCACGUGAUCGAGUUGUGGGAAGGCGUCGGUGCAACCUUUGCGCCGUUUCGACUCGAGUUUGUACACGUUGCCGGGCUCUUUGCCCUGGCCGACGACGUGAUCGUCCAAGCGAAAGUAAUGGCUCACUUGAAGCUCAACCCCGUCGCCCUCGACGCUGUCUUUCCCAACUUGACCAAGAAUCACCCCGAGUUGGCGAAAAAGCUCAAGAACCAAGUGCUGCCACUGCCGCUGCUCCCAACGUUUGUCUUCGACUCUACCAAGCGCGUGGUGCGAAUAGACUUCGAGGCGAACGUGUUCACAGCGCUCGUCGCCCUCUUGGGCAACGUCCACGACGUGGCCACGGCCCUCGACGGCGCUCCAUGCCAUCUCGACGCGAUCCUCAAGCGCAGGAAACUGUCGACGUAAACUCGUCAUCGUGUGGAGAGCCAGCGCCGGCCUCUCAAGCGUCGGCUCGCCACCGCCGCACAAUCGCAAGUCGGAAAUACGAUACGGUCACUUACACAUAGGGGAGGCAGGCAAGAGCACGCGAGCUCCGAAGGGGGUCCGCUUUUCCUGGCAGCUCUGAUUCAGGAACGGAUCCUGGAACAUGUCAUCCUUCGUUGAAUCGUGCCGACGUAGUGGAGAGAUGGAAGCGGUACCAGGGUACAGGCUCAUGCUUGCCUGAUUUCGCUUCGACUUCCCAGUCGUAGCAACGCUAUAUGGACUCUGCACGAGCAUGGUUGAUUUGUUAUUGCUGAACCGAUCGAUCGUUCGCGC